CCUGCGGCUUGGGCUGUCACGGCAGCGAACCAUAGCGCAUUGUUUCACACAUCGGGUUAAAACAUUGCAGUGAAUCCCGCUAGAUUAGAAACACACCCGAAUCAGGCUUUUUCAAAUCGUGGAUUGAGGUUGUAACGGUUUUUUUUUUCUUCCUAAAAUGGGGAACAGAGAUGAUGACUACGAUUUCUUGUUCAAAGUGGUGCUGAUUGGAGACUCUGGCGUGGGGAAGAGUAACCUGCUGUCGCGUUUUACGCGGAACGAGUUUAACCUGGAGAGCAAGAGCACCAUCGGCGUGGAGUUCGCCACACGCAGCAUCCAGGUGGACGGGAAGACCGUAAAGGCCCAGAUCUGGGACACAGCGGGACAGGAGCGCUACAGAGCCAUCACCUCCGCGUACUACCGGGGGGCGGUGGGGGCGCUGCUGGUGUAUGACAUCGCCAAGCACCUGACCUAUGAGAACGUGGAGCGCUGGCUGAAGGAGCUGCGGGAUCACGCCGACAGCAACAUCGUCAUCAUGCUGGUGGGCAACAAGAGCGACCUGCGCCACCUGAGGGCAGUGCCCACCGACGAGGCACGCGCCUUCGCAGAGAAGAACACCCUGUCGUUCAUAGAAACGUCAGCCUUGGACUCCACCAAUGUAGAGGAGGCUUUCAAGAACAUCCUCACAGAGAUCUACCGCAUCGUGUCACAGAAGCAGAUGGCCGACCGCUCGGCGCACGACGAGUCUCCCGGCAACAACGUGGUGGACAUCAGCGUUCCCCCAACCACCGACGGCCAGAGAGGCAACAAACUACAGUGCUGUCAGAACCUGUGACCCCUGACCCCUGACCCCACUCCCUUACACCUCUUCUCUCAUUUGCUCUUGAAUGCUGAGUGCAGCUCCCCCCACCACCAUUGUUUUCUGUUAAUGUUUCUCCUAGUUUCUCAAGCUGUUACUUUAUAGCUAACAUUCCACCAACACUUUAUUAUUAUUAUUAUUAUUAUUAUUAUUAUUAAUAAUUUUUUUUUUGUGUGUGUUACAUCAGAAUUUCCCUGUUAACCAUGACAAGGUUUACUGCAGUGCUGAGCCACCAGGCACUGGUCACAUGACCUGUGAGGCCAGAGGAGGAGGACAAAAAUGUUUCAGGGUUCCAAGGACCCAGUUGCCGGGCGCAGUAUGAAUUCAGCUGACCUGGACAGGUGCCCGUUGGAAAAUGCGUUGUCCUGUCUAGGCCACAGAUGUCCUGGAGGCAGGCCAAUGCAUUGGUCUACAGCACAAACAUAAACUCUGAAUGGCGCAUUUGUCAAGAUGGGACCAUUCGAAAAUUUGAUUAUGUGCUGUUGUAAUAUAAAUAAAGUUGAUUCCUACCUUUAAAA